GCAGAAGAGAGUGUUUGUUUCAUCUUGCCGUUUAUGUGUACUCGCUAUAGAUAUGUAAAACAAAUAAUAUAAAGCAUAGGUGGCUACUUUUGGCUUUUUGCUAUAGAAUUGCUAUGGCCUUUAACCGGCAUUAAUUGUGCUUAAGGUUAAUCAUAGUUGCCGUUGGUCGGUUUAUUUUUGGGUGUUCCAUCAAGUUAUAAACAAACUUUACUAGGGUAAAUUUUCCGACAUUAAAAUUGCGUUUUUGAAAUUUUAAAAAAAGUCUGCACGCCCUAGAGCGUUGAAGCCCUACGGUAUUUGAUUGUUUAAGUACAUAUAGUACGCAACAUUACCAAGCUGGUUGGGGUGCUCGUCAGGAUUUAGACCUGAAACUGCAAUAGCAAUCGUCAUUGUUGGUAGACAACUAGUAAAGUGUGGAUCCCUGAUGCUUCGCCGAACCGUAGCGGCGCGCAUUAAGCCAUAUCUCCACGCCUUUUCUCCCGGCGUGCGCCCGUCUGAAAAGGGUGCACUUUAUCGUAAUAACAACCAAAAUUCCCAUGCCCGUGUUUCGGCCUUGACCUCAUCGCAGCGCACGGCCUCGGAGAACCGUACUUUUGUCCUGCUCGGUUUACCAGAUCAGAUGUACUUUGGUAUGGUGCUGAUGAUAACCUGUAUCAUCGUUAUGUAUUUAAGCAUAAGUCAGCGAUGCUUUAGUGCUAACGGCUCCAAGCAAAAUUGGAUGAUGAACCAGAUGAAUGAGCAUGAAUUCUAUGCUCGAAACGACGAGAUGGGACAAAUAUUUAAUAUUCACUCGGAGAUGAUAGAAAACUCCCGCCGCGCAGCUCUACGCCCCCCUGUGUUCACAGUACCCUCUGGUUAUUCCAGCUUUAGUGGAAAAUAUGCACCUGAAAAUCAAUGAAGGAGUGUCACCAAAUGGCAUGAAGCAUACAAAGCGGUGUGCAAAUAAAAAAACUAGGGAACUUGCAAUUCGAUGCGUCUGAACUUAUAAAGGCAAUGUAUGUAGGAAAAAGUAUUCCAAUAAUUAAAGGGUCUAAGGGAUUCAGUUGGGGUUAUUCGUACUAGGGUAAGAAAAAAGGCUAGGAUAGGUAUAGUAGAUAUAGGACGUGGUAGUCACUUCUGACAUUACGACAUGCUUUAUCAUUCUGUUUCUUUGCAUCACUUCAAAAU